CCCCUCUCCUCCAGCUUCUUCCACUCCUCCUCCUCCUACCAGCGCUCUACCUCACGAUCCUCCUUUGUUCUCCUCCUAGUCUGCUGAGACUCCUCUUCCCCUCGUUUUUGCUCUGUCUCGCUCUGCUCACUCCCAGGCAAAGUUUGGACUCGUAGCCUUUACAACGUUCUGUCUGGCAUUUCUCUUUCCCUGGAACUUGACAAGAAAGUCACUCCUUGAAUUUCCACUCAAUCCGACCUCAAGCAAACAUGGGGCCCACAAUGGUGAAUUCUAUCAAGCAAACUACGAAGAAGGAGGAAACAAUUGAAGUACCUACCACAUCUGCGCGCGAUCGGCCCUUCAGACUGAAGAAGUGCAUGCGGGAGCCACGGGACGAAUGUGGAAGGUCGCUUAGGAAGAUGAAUGUUCGUCUUAGUGCUUAAGUAUGCUCAUGAUUGUGCAUCUCUUGUAAAUUCUUAGGACUUACGUCCUUCGCGUAAUCCAGUACAGCAGCGAAAGAAUGCAUGGGCAAUCUAUGAUUCGAUCGCAAACAUGUGAAUAAAGCACGAUUUCCUCCGA